AAAUUAAGUUUUCUAUAGACUUUCUGUAUGACCAAGUUCAUUUACAGUUUUGCGGUAUGAUACUGCUGGGUUUUGGCGUUUAUCUUGCUACAUCAGCUAAUUCUUACGAAACUUGGUUUGGAGGAAAAACUCUCUCGAUAAGCUACACAUUGAUAUUCAUGGGGCUAGUGGUGACGAUUGUUGGUUUCAUUGGCUGCUGCGGGGCAACAAACGAGUCCACUUCUCUGCUACUUUCCUACUUUAUAUGUCUCCUUCUGCUAGUCCUACUCCAAUCCGGACUAGCUAUCACCAUAUUCGUAUUUCAAGAGGAGCUCGAGAAUCAAAUUACUAAUUCAGCCAAGGAGAAGUUUGCUUUGUACGCAGAGCCCAACUCGCUUGCUAUAGCCACUGAACCAAUAGAUUUUGUACAAAAGGAGCUCCAGUGCUGUGGACUCUCUAAGGGUCCCCUGGAUUGGAGCGACCAGAAGUACUACAGGUUUGCAACUUACUGGAUCAAAACCCGCUCUAAAGAUGUACCAGACAGCUGCUGUGAGAGGCUGAAGGUUUCUAUGAACUGUGGGAAGGGGCUGGCUGUGAAGGAACCGUCAGAAGAUGCUGUUUAUACAAAGGGAUGCCAAGCUGCUCUGAUCGACUUUUUCAAGGGUAAUUUAAAUGUGAUAGGAGCGCUGACGAUUGUGCUUGUUGGAGUUCAACUGGUGGGAUUGUGCGGGUCGUUUUAUUUGAGGAUGUUCUUGCUGAGGACGCCGGUUUCUUAUUAAGUUUCAAAAUAUUUCGAAAUGUUGUGGCGUGGAAGGGAGCUUCUAUCUAUUCGUUUUGCUUACCAUGCUUUAGAAGUAAGAUAAGGUAU